AUGGGGGAGACGGGGCAAGUCGCCGGAGGUCUGACGGCGUACGAUCGCGAAGUCUUGACGGCAGUUAACGCCGGAGCGGCGAGCCUAUCGUUCGUCGGGUCGGGGUUCAUCGUCCUCUGCUACGUCCUCUUCAAAGAGCUCCGCAAGUUCUCCUUCAAGCUCGUCUUCUACCUCGCGCUCUCCGAUAUGCUUUGUAGCUUCUUCAGCAUGGUUGGGGAUCCAUCCAGAGGAUUUUUCUGUUACUUGCACGGCUACAGUACUCAUUUCUUCUAUGUAGCGUCUUUCUUAUGGACUACCACGAUCGCUUUUACACUCCACCGCACAGUUGUUAGACACAAAACUGAUGUUGAAGAUAUGGAGGCAAUGUUUCAUUUGUAUGUUUGGGGGACUUCAUUAGUUGUGACAGUUGUGCGCUCUAUUGGGAAUAACCAUAGCCACCUAGGUACAUGGUGUUGGUCACAAUCAGGGCGUACUGGAAAGGCGCUUCACCUUGUAACAUUUUAUAUGCCACUUUGGGGUGCAAUUCUUUACAAUGGUUUUACAUAUUUUCAAGUGAUAAGCAUGCUGAAGAAUGCGAGACGUAUGGCAGCUGGCAUGUCAGAUCGGACUUACCAAUCAGAUUCUAGAGCAGAAAUGAAGGCUUUGAACCGGUGGGGGUACUAUCCGCUCAUCCUGAUAGGAUCAUGGGCUUUUAGCACAAUCAACCGCAUUCAUGACUUUAUUGAACCAAGUCAUAAAAUAUUUUGGCUCUCAGUUCUUGAUGUUGGGACAGCUGCACUCAUGGGCCUGUUCAACUCCAUAGCCUAUGGCUUGAACUCCUCAGUGCGACGGGCAAUAUAUGAAAGAUUGGAUUUGUUCUGGCCAGACAGGCUUAAAAGAUGGUUCCCCAACAGUUCAAAGUUUAGGAACCAACAGCAAGAGAGUGAACUAGUGGCGCUGACAAAUGAAGAUGAGCACUAG